AUGAGACACACGGGUAAAGACGAGUCUUUCCACACACGGGUAUGUCUGUAACGCAAUGGCAAACUGGUCCAUAUGGUGAUUCAACUCCUCAGAACGUGUGUCAUAAACCGGUCCAUGUGGGUUAACACCUGCAGGGUCAAUGGCCCUAUUGUAAUGUCACGACAAGUGACCCAAACACGCAAAGUAUAACCCAAAUAGAAAAGGUAUUACCGGACCUUAGAUUGGCCGGGUUUAACGUAGAUAGAAUAGUUGAGGUUAGCCAAGGAUAAUGAUAAGGAAUAGCCGAGUCAAGGAACCAGAAAACAGGAUGAACGAGAAAACAAGCCGAGUAAGGAUACCAGAAGGAAGAAUAGUCAAAAAUCACAAGCCGAGUCAAAAUAUCAAGAUACACAGACAGAAUAAAGGUAGCACUAUAGGGAACUACCAGUAAACCACAAUAGGGCACUGAACAAAAGCAAAAGGCGCGAUUUUAUAGUGGAGCGUCUAUUGCUUUAAAUCCACGCCCCCAAAACGUAAGGGAGCGUGGAAUAUUUUUAAUUUUCGUGGCACAGCCGCUAUGACUUGCAGAGAGUCCAAGUAAGUGGAUUAAUCUCUUAAGAGCAAACAUUAGGCUGCUAGUGUAAGACCUGCCAAGAAUGGGGUUCAUUGAUGUUGUGGCAGGCUUAUACAAUAUAUGAUCAUAUAAUGUAACUAAACCCCCAUUAUUUUUUGCCUAGGUGAGGUGUUUUUAUAUAAAACUAUUACAAUUGCUAAGAUUUGAAAUCAUUGUUUAGUGAAUAAGUGAGUGCGCUGGAUUUUGUAUUUUGUGUAUUUUGGCCCCAGCAGAACCCUAUAAUUUAUGUAUGUUCAGGUGAGUGCAGCCCUCUUGGUUUUAUAUAUAUAUAUAUAUAUAUAUAUAUAUAUGUAUAUAUAAAAAGUCUCAAUAGGCGUGGAUAUAACCGGUGAUGAAUGCCAAUUUCUGACCUGUAUAGUCCAGGAAGUAAAAAGCCCACACCGUGCUGCAGUUGUCAACCGGCACCCUCGGUCGCCGAGAGGUUAAAUAUCAAGGCCAGCGGGGGUCAAAAAGCAAAGCUAAUAGUGUUCACUGAUCGGUGGUUGUUUGUGUGCAAUCUCCUACGUGUUUCAUGAAUAAGUCUCCACUUCCUCAGGGAGCAUGAACAGGGGGCUUUUUGAUCCUUGCUGGCCUCAAUAUUCCACCUCUUGCCGAGCGUGUUGCUCUCCUUAGCUGAGUAGUGCGUUGAAUGAUACUGGAGGUAGACUGCCACCACUGGAAGCCGGCCCUCACUGAAUUCAAUCUUGCUGGGGCCUCCAAAAUGUGGCACCCUCACCGUGUGAUGAGGGUAUAAAAAUGUUUUUAAUAAGCACACAUUACUGCUGCUGCGGUGCCACAAGAGUAUAAUCUAUCUUCCUACAGCUCCUAACUGACAAAAACUUGCCCCCUCCCCAGGGCCUGUGCAAGGAUUUUUGCCACCCUAGGCAAACAAAUAUUUGCCGCUCCCACCCCCCCGCAUCACAAUGCCCCAUCCAUAUGAUCUGCUAUAUGAGCCAACAUCAGUGCUGCAUAUAGUGUCUUUUCUCUGAAAAGGCAGUGUGUUUAUAUUAAAAAGUCUGCAGGGACAGAUACACCAGAACCACUACAUCAAGCUGUAGAUGGUUCUGGUGACUAUAGUGGCCCUUUAAUGUGAGGUAAAUUAGGGAUUAGUGCCACCAAUAAUAUACUGGAUUGCCUACUUACCACCAGAUGAGGACAAGAUGAUGAUGAUGGGCACAGGCAGGGCCGGCCUUAGGCAAUUAGGCGCCCUGUGCAAAAAGUCUUCACGGCGCCCCCCCCACCUCCCACCAAGUUGCCUGAAUACAGUAACACACACAGGCACCGGGGACGUGUGUAUCACGAGGCAAACAAGGCAUCUGCCUUGGGCGCCACUUUGCAGGGGGCGGCAAAAAAAAGCAUCCCUCCAAACCCCCAGGCAGAUCCCUUGCUUGCCUCGCAUCCUGGGGGGCUCAAGAGCUGACCGGCUGGCCACUUUUGAGCCCCCCCAAGGCUGGCAGCGGGCAGCGAAGGAGCAUACUCACCUGAGCUCUUCCUGCUCAGCUUCCUCUGCGCCGCUUAAUGAAGCCGGGAGCCAGAAUAUGACGUCAGUCCGGCUCCCGGCAUCACUAAGCGCUGCUUACUCAGCCUGUGCGCCCCCUGCCUGCCUGCCCAGCAGCCACACUGGACUGCUGGUAAGAAAUCCACUCCAGCUUUCCCAGGAGGCUGGGUGGAUUUAAAAUAAAUGUAAAAAAUAUUAGUUUGUGAGUGUUAGUGGAAAUGUCUGUGUGUGUGUCUGUGAGUGUUUAUUUUGAAGUGAAUGUGUGUGUGUGUGUGUGUGUGUGUGUCUGUGAGUGUGUAAUUGUGUGUGUCUGUGAGUGUGUGUGUGUGUGUGUUGGUCAGUGAGUGUAUAUGUGUCAGUCAGUGAGUGUGUAUGUGUCGUCAGUGAGUGUGUAUGUGUCGGUCAGUGAGUGUGUGGGUCAGUGAGUGUGUAUGUGUCGGUCAGUGAGUGUGUGUCGGUCAGUGAGUGUGUGUCAGUCAGUGUGUAUGUGUCGGUCAGUGGAGUCGUGCAUCUUUCAGUGAGUGCUUGCGUCUGUCAGUGAGAGUGUGCAUCUGUCAGUGUGUGUCCAAGUAAUAGUGUAUGUGUGUAUGUCAUUGUUUGUCAGUGUAUAUGAGAGUGUGUGUCUGUCAGUGAGUGUGCGUCUGUCAGUGAGUGAGCGUCUGUCAGUCAAAGUGCGGCCUUGACAGGAAGGGGUGGGGGAAAUUUAAACUCGGUUACAGGCAUGUACACACACACUCAGUUAAAGGCAGUCACACAUACAGGCACAGGCACAAACAAUGGCACAGCUACAGCGACACACACAGACAGACAGUCACAUAGGCAGUCACACAGACAGACACACAGUAACACACACAUAGACAGUUAUACACACACAGGCAGGCAGUCACACAGAUAGAAAGUCACACACACAGGCAGGCAGUCACACACAGACAGAUAGUUACAGACAGACACACACAGGCAGGCAGGCAGUCACACACACAGGCAGUCACACAGACAGCACAGAGACAGUCACAGUCACAGACAGACAGUCUCACACACACAGGCAGUCACACACACAGCACAGACACACACAGACACACACACAGGGACAGACAGUCACACACACACACACACACAAGGACAGGCAGUCACACAGACAGUCACACACACACAGUCACACGCACACAGGCAGGCAGUCACACAGACAGUCACACACACACACACAGACAGUCACACAAACAGGCAAACAGUCACACACACACACUUACCUCUUUCCAGUGGAUGCAGUUGGCUGAUGGGGAAGCAUCUUUCCCUCUUCCUGUACAGCAGGGGCUAUGGGAGGUAUUAGCCCCGUCUCCACCUCUCGAUAAGCCCCGCCUCUGCCGCUCGGUAAACCCCGCCCCCUCUGCCGCGAUUUUUUUUUUUUUUUUUAAAUAGACCCGGGUGGAGAAUAAUUAAUCCUCCAGCCAGGUACCUCUUUUAGCUCCCCUGCACUCCGGCCAUGAGUGAGCUGUGUCGGCCACAGGGCGCCCCCUGUUCCAUGGCGCCCUGUGCGGUCGCACAGCUCGCACACCCCUAAGGCCGGCCCUGGGCACAGGCUGCAGUCUGGCUCCACUGGUCUGGUGUUAAAACAGGCUCUCUAAAGGCAGUACUCACAAAUACAAUGAACAGGAAGCAGCUUUAUUUUUUGGGGCCCCUUACACAGAUCACGGUCUGGGCCCCCACGGCCCAUAAGGUCUGCCCAUAAGCCUGAUGCCUACAAGGCCCACCCAUGAGUUCGCUCACAGGGAGUGGAGUGUAUGUGUGUAGGGGAUGUGUUAUAGUAGAGGAUGUAAUGUGUGUGUUCUUAUGGAAUGUAAUGUAAAGGGAUACCAGUUUGUGUAAGGGAUGUAGUGGUUGUGUAUAGGGGAUGCAGUGUGUGUUUGUGUGUAAAGAAUGCAUUAUGUGUUUCUGUGUGUGUGUGCAUGUGUUUGUAUGUGUAAGGGAUGCAAGGAGUGUUUCGUAAUGCAGUGUGUGUGCCUGUAAAGGGUACAUUGAGUGUGUGUAAGAGAUGCAUUAAGAGAAGCUGUGUGUGUGUAUGUGUGUGUGUGUAAGGGACGCAUUGUGUGCAAGGACUGCAUUGUGUGUGUGUGUAUUUGUAAAGGGUGCAUUGUGUGUUUCUGUGUGUGUAAGGGAAGAAUGGUGUGUUUCUGUGUGAGUGUAGGAUGCAUUGUAUAUUUCAGUGUGUGAAUUAUGUAUGUGUGUAGUGUGAAAGAGAGGGUUUGUGGUGUAGGAUAGGGCCUGAGAGGGGAGAAGCUCUUUAUUUUUAUUAUUAUAUUUAUUUUGUUAAUAUAAUUGUUUUUGUAUAUUUUUUAUUUAAGUUUUGUGUCUUACAGUCCUGUUUAGUGUAUCUCUUACAAAACCCUUUUGUGUCUCUUAUCCCACCUCUUUGUAUGUCUCCUACAUCCUCGCAACCCCUUUGCAUGUCUUACUUCCCAAUGCCCCUUUGUGUCUUACUCUUCCCAGCUCCUUGGUGUGUCUUUUUUCCCUCCAGGCUCUUCUGUGAGUCUCCCUCACAAGCGACUUUGUGUGUUUCUCUGUUGAGCCCCUCUGUGUGUCUCCCCUACCAGCCCUUCUGUGCUUCUCUUUUACCCCUUCCUCAGCCUCUAUGUGUGUCUUACACUCCCCCCGUCCCUUAAUCAUCUCUUCCACUUCCCCCGUCCGUUAGUGGUCUCAACUCCACCUCUCCCCCUGUCCCUUAGAGGUCUCUCAUCCUGUCCCUUAGAACUCUCUCCUCCCCUCCUGUCCUUUAGUGUUGUCCCCUUCCCUCCUCUCCCUUAGUGCUCUCCCCUUCCCUAAUGUCCCUUGAUGCUCUCCUGUCCCUUAUUGCUCUCCUAUCCCUUAGUGCUCUCCCACCCCUUAGUGAUCUCCCACCCCUUAGUGAUCUCUCAUCCCUUAGUGAUCUCCCCUGCCCCCUGUCCCUUAGUGCUCUUCCCUGCUCCCCUGUCCCUUAGUACUCUCCACUGACCUCCUGUCCCUUAGUGAUCUCCCCUCCCCUCCUGUCCCUUAGUGUUCUCCCCUGCCCUCCCUUUCCCAUAGUGCUCUCCCUCCCCCCUGUUCCCUAGAGUUCUCCUCCUUCCCCCAUCUUUCCCUUAGUGGUUUCUCCUCCCCCGCUCCAGUGUCCCUUAGUGGUCUCUCCUCCCCCCAGUGUCUCUCCUCCCCUUAGUGCUCUCCUCUGCCCUCCCCCUCUCAUAGUGCUCUAUGUGACCGGCUGAAUGCGCGCCCAGCUCUUGCUGCGCGUGUGCAUUCAGCUGACUGGGAGGAGAGCUCUCCGCCCAGCGCUGGAAAAAGGUACGUUUUUACCCCUUUCCAGAGCCGGGCGGGAGGGGGUCACUCAGGGUUGAGGCACCCUCAGGGCACUAAUGCCAGGAAAAUGAGUUUUCCUGGCACUAUAGUGGUCCUUUAAAUCCAUGUAACAACCCCCUUUGCAGUGAGUGUUCUGGGGUGGAAGGCUUUUGGUGACCACAAAUGGACUUCUCUCUAAAGCAUCCAGCUCAUUAUCUAACUGUAAAUUGGAUGAGCUAUUUUGACAAUCCUUUUCUUCUGUUCCAUCCAGUUGGGCCAAACUCCUGGACCAAAUAACCCCGUCUUCCUACCCAGUGAUUCAGAGUGGGACUGGACCCUUGCCAAAAUCUGGGUACGCAAUUCAGAGUAUCAGGCGCAUGAAAUUGGAACUCAUCUGCUUCGCACCCAUUUUCUUGCUGAGGUCUUUAAUAUUGCUACAGCCAGACAACUUCCAAUGGGACAUCCUAUGUAUAAGGUAGGAAAUGGCAUGGCCAAUACAAAGAACACUCCUCUGAUUUCAGUUUCUUCUGCCACCCUAUUUUGAGCACCUGCUUUGGACAUGCUGCUUGCAAUGUCUUGGCAAUUACACAAUCCAGGGAACUCAAACCGCAUCUGAGUUAGCUUUGAAUAAACUACUAUCGUAACAAAUUACGUGCAAUGUCCUCCAUAUUUUAUGGUAACAAUAUUGAAUAGGUCAGUCCACAAUUAAAUGUAAUUGACUCACUUCUGCUUGGUUAGAUUUAGAUGCUAACCAAUCAUUCUGCACCAAAAUGAACUAUACAGAGGAAAAUCUAAAGAGAAACCAUAUUUUAAAUUACCCUUAUAUCCAGUGGCCAAGUGCUGAAUAAAUGGCUUUAAGAUCAAGUGAGUUUGCUCUGGCACUUUAGGCUUUCCAGUAACACAAAAAAAGCCAGCUUUGUUAAUGCAACAACUAAAAAAACAAAAAAAACUGGAAUGGGGUGAAGAAACUAUGAUGGCCAUCUGUUUUACACAACUGUUUGUCUGGGAACACCACAAGCUACCUUCAUACUUGGUGCUGUAAAGCAAUUCUGAAACAUCUAUGCAUUAUUUGUGAAAGCAAACUUUCUUUGGCAAGUUCAGUUUUCGUACUCUCUUCCAGCUCGUUGUUCCUCAUCUUCGCUAUACUUUGGAAAUCAAUGUUUUGGCAAGAAACCAACUCAUAGGCCCUGGAGGUCUCUUCGAUAAGGUGAUUUCUCUCCUCUCCAAACUUGGCCAGUAGCUAGAUGUGUACUUGGGAUGGCGACGAUAGAAACUAAUACUGCAUAUGUCACGACUAUGUAACCAAAAUACUUGUGGAACCUAAAAUCCAGUUUUGUAGAUGAUAUUGUAAACAAUCCCUCUACCCCUGCCCAGGCUUUUGUGACUGGAAAUGGAGGUGUACCUGUUCUAGUGAAGAAAUCAAUGGAUGAAUUGACCUACAGCUGCCUCUGCCUCCCUGAUGACAUCAAAGAAAGAGGAAUGGAGUCUGUUCCUAAUUACUAUUACAGAGAAGACGGAAUGAAGGUCUGGCUGGCAGUAGAGAGGUAAAAAUAUAUAUUUGGUUCCAGCAUGUAAUCUAAAUCUUGGUUGACAUGUGACUCCCCAGCAUCCUGCCCUAUUGAGUAAAUGGGGUGACCUCACUGUUGGCCUUAUAACUGAUCAUUAAUAUGUGUAAAUGUAUUGCAUACUACAUGACUUGUCCUUAUCACAAAAGGCUCUAAAACUAAAUGUCCUUGAACCUUUUGGAUACUAACCAUGCUUUAUUUUUAUUUUUUUUACAAGACUUGUGUCUGGUAUUGUUAAUUAUUACUAUAAAGAUGAUGAUAUGGUCAGCAAAGAUCCUGAGCUUCAGGCCUGGGUGGAAGAAAUAUUCACAAAAGGCUUCUUGGGACGUAUAUCCACAGGUAAAUGUGAAGUGAUCUUAGUACAGAUGCUUCCCCCUCUGAACAAUGUAAAUUUUAUUUCUAGUUUAUCAAGCGGCCUUCUCUUGUCCAAGAGCACUUGUCUUAAAUUUCAGAUACCCUCUCCUCCCAAACACUAACUUCAACUCAGCAAAAUAAAGUCUAUUUAAAGUACAGAAUAACAGUUCUAUGAUCUAUUCCACAGGAGUCCCUUCUUCUCUGGGAACACGAGCUGAGCUCAUUAAAUACCUGA